AUGCGUGACAUCUGUGAGAAAGAGGGUGUCAAGAUCGACAGUUCCACUCUUGAAACACUUAUUACGUUAUGUGAAGGAGAUCUUCGAAGAUCAAUCACUUACCUACAGUCUGUGUCUUGCCGCGAAAAUGUCACAAACGAUUACGUAUUGAACAUAACAGGAUAUGUCGCCGAGGAUAAUGCACAUAAGCUGCUCACUGCAUGUCAUUCAUCGGACUCUGAUAGGCUCUUACACGCCCUCGACGACGUGUAUCGUGCAGGAUAUGCAGGACCUUCACUAAUUAAUCAGAUAUACGAUCAGCUACUUGAUGACGAUAGUCUCAGCGACAUUGACAAAGCUGCGAUUUUUGAAAAAAUGGCGGUAGUGGAAGCUCGUCUCGUUGAUGGAUCUGAUGAGUACAUCCAACUGAUGGACUUGGUGUUCUGCAUUCAGUGGUAUUUCACCCACUAA